CGACGGGCUUCGUGCGUGAAAACCCAGGUCGUACCGGAACCCGUGUGGACCACUGGCUGGCUUGAAAACGCGCGAAGUCACCGCACGGAGGGUCCGGGCUAUAACAUUAAUAACAAUCUGAUUGUUAUUAGGAGGAAAUUUUCCUGUUUUUUAAUUUUUAUCCAUUUUUUUCUCGGAUGUAUUAUUUUCACGGGCGCAGAGUUCAGAUUCGCGUACAUUCAAUCUCGGAUAUAAGCUUUGUUGAGUAAGCGCAUCGCUCAGUCACGAGUGAUUUUUCAUCUAGGAUGCAGUUUUGUGAAUAACUAGAUCUAGAAUCUAGUUUAGUUUCGCGUGUUUCUAUUUUCUAUGUCUGAACAUUUAUUACCAGUAAUUAUUGUUCAGUUUCGUGUAUAACGUGUUUAAUAAUAUUCUCGGUUGUAAAUUCUUGAAAAGUUAAUAACAAGACCUAGAUCUAGACCUAUCUAGAAUCUAGCUCAGUGCGGGUGCGAAGACAUGAAAUUAAGUUUUAACUUAUUUAAAUCUCACUUUCAUAGACCCAGCCUGGUGUGUCUGGAUUACUUUUUGAUUAAUUCCUACCUUCGGGACUGACUUCCCAAAACGUUGUGUGUGUGCGUGUGUUUGUUUUCUUAGUGUGUGGCUACCAGCAGAGCUACAAAUUCUGGAAUAUAGAGCGGCCGCACUGAUCAAUACGGCGUUAUCGCUCCACAGAGCGGCCCCACGUGUACCAUCCGGACAUCAAAAUCAACACCAGCGAUCCAGGGAAUCCUCAGUUCGAACACCCAGUAAUCGAGUUCAACAACAGCACGCUGCCCUAUGGCAUGGAGUUCGUAGUCGUCCACACCAGGGCCUUCGUGGUGGACGAGGAUCGAUACAUUGUCGUCAACGAUUUCUCCGAGCUGGAGGCGGAGUCGAGGAUCCAUUUUGACGUCAGGCCCAGCAUCGACCCCCACACGACCAUACAGAACCGCAUGCUCCGCUCCACGUCCAACAUCCACUUCCAGCCGCACUACCUGGACCCUCACUACAACGACGUCUACGAGAGGCCCGACUUCUCCGGCGUCAAACAACCGCCAGCGGGCUCAGUCCGCGGCGCUUCUGCCUCUGCCAACUCUGCCACCGCCGCUGCUCACCAGCAGUCCACCGCCUUCAGCAACAGUCUGGCGUUCGGGAAAGGAAUGAGCAGCGCGCGCUCUAGCUCCAGCAGCACCUACACCUACCCGGCCAACUUCAACGCCAAUGUGAGCAACGUGCACGGAAAGCGGAUCGCUACAGCUGCCGCGGCUGCUGCUGCUACUACGGCUGUAUCAGCGGGAAACGCCCCCCGCGACGCGGUGAAAGGCGCCGCUGGUUUCUUUAGUGGUGGUAGUGGUAGUGGUGCUGGUGGUAAUGGCAAUGCCAGUGGAGGAGGUGGAGGUGGUGGUGGCGGUGUUCCGACGCUGAGCGGGCUCGACGCGGCGAACAGCGAGAUCGCCAAGCGUGUGUCACCGCUCGCCGCCGAGGAGGGCGUGAAGGUCGUGGUGACGUCAGCGAGCUCCUCCUCGCCCAAUGAGAGCUUCACGGCUGGCGAAGGGGGCGUGUACAGGAAGACCUCUACGACCACCACGACAACGCCCCUCGCCCCGACCCCUGAGGUGAGGCUGAACGGCGCACAUGUCUCUGAUGUUCCCGCGCCUAGGUAUGAAGAGGUCAUGGGUCACAACGCAGGGAGCGCAACCCUGGAGAUGAGGGAUGAGACCACGUCCAAACACUGAGGAAAGUUACAGGGAUACAAUCCACCCAUUGUCGAUAAAUGAAAUUGUCCAAGACGACUACCCACAGUCAAUAAUCAAAGCUGUCCAAAACGACCCGGGGCAAAGACUUUUCCUUCGAUUUUCUCAAAACAGCAUUUUUCGGGAUAGCCCCCUUGUGCUUAAAAGCGACCAUAUAGAAAAAAAACCGCAAGGUGGUUGGGGGUUGAGGGGGGGAGUGAUUGUCUUGGACAGGUGGUUGUCUUAGACAGGUGGUCGUUAGAGCAGGUUUAAGUGUAACAAGAUGGAGAAAGUAUCCUUUGGACUGGGUAUCGAGGUGGGAGGGUGGAGAUUGAGGUAGAGGGUAGAGAUAAUCAAGAAAUCAAACACACACAUGCAUACACACACAUAUGUACACACAUACACACACACACACACACACACACACACACACACACACACACACACACACAAACAUGUACGCAUAAAGAUGUGUGUAUGUGUGUGCUUGUAUUAUCAUGUUUGUGUUUGUGCGAGAGACGUCUGUGUCUAUCUGUAUGUUAUAUAUCUCUGUGAGAGACAGACAGACAGAUGGACAGAUAGACAGAGAGAGAGAUAGGGAUAGAAAGAGAGAGGGGGCGACAUACUCGGAAAGGGUAGGAGGUAUAAUGUGUGUGACAGAUAGAAAGAGAGAAAGGGAGAGGGAGAGUGGGGGGGGGGGGCAAAAAGAGAGGCCGAGAGAAGAUUGAGAGAAGGGGUACA